AUUGGCAGUCGCCGAUUUAGCUUCAUUCGCCGCGCGACGUUCUCAGCAGUUCGAUUCGGCCGGCGAGCUCCCAAAUAAGUAGCCACCAAAGCCAUAUAUAAACUGACACCUGACGCGAGGCACCGGAGCCAUUAAAAAAGCCGCCGAAAUGGCCUUCAUGCCGUGCUUCUAUGUGCCCAAGCGGAUCAACGUGGCGAUCAUGCUCUUCAUGGCCUGCCUCCUCAGCUACAUGAUGCGGGUGAAUCUCUCCAUCAACAUCAUCGCCAUGGUGGACGACACGAGCAGUCACGAGAACGGCACCGAGGUUGAGGCCUUGCCCAAUUACGGACCUCGUUAUAACUGGACGCAGUCGGAUCAGGCCCUGUUGCUGGGUGCCUAUUUCUAUGGCUAUAUGAUAACCUCUUUGCCCGCCGGCACCUUGGCCGAAAUGCUCGGAGGUCGAAAUGUGGCUGGAUACAGUUGUUUGCUCGCCGGAAUACUCACGGCUUUGACUCCGGCGGCAGCUGCUUGGGACAAGUAUGCUGUCUUCGCCGUGCGAUUCCUGAUCGGCUUCCUCAACGGAGUGGUUUACCCGUGCUGCCACAGCCUGGUGUCCAAGUGGUCUCCUCCGGAUGAAAAGGGAAAGUUCGUGGCCUCGUUAAUGGGCGGUACUUUCGGCACCGUCAUCACGUGGCCAAUUAGUGGAGUGAUCAUCGAGAAUCUCGGCUGGGAUUGGGCCUUCUAUAUCGUCGGCAUUUUCGUAGUAGUUGUGGUGGCCAUAUGGUUCUACCUGGUGGCAGAUACUCCCGCCAAGCACAGCACUAUCAGCAUAAAGGAGAGGGAGUACAUCGAGAAUAGCUUGGGCGACACUCUGAGCAACAAGAAGAAGUGGCCACCGUACAAGGAGCUGAUCUUCUCGCUGCCCUUCUGGUCGCUGAUGUUGCUCCACUACGGCAGCAUGUGGGGUCUGUUCUUCCUGAUCACGGCCACUCCAAAGUUCUUGAGCGAGGUCCUGGGCUUCAAUCUCUCCUCCGCCGGCUUCCUGUCCAGUCUGCCCCAUGUGGCACGUCUCCUCUGUGCCUUUGGAUUUGGCGCAGUGGCGGAUUUGAUUCGUCGUCGGGGAUGGUUGUCCGUAACCCGCAUGCGAAAGGCCUUCUGUUUGCCCUCUCACAUUCUGCCGGGAAUAAUGCUAAUAAUCUUGGCCUAUUUUGGCAAAGAUCCUUAUGUUUGCGUGGCAAUUAUGACUAUUUCCCUGGGUUUCAACGGAGCUGCCACGGCUUCCAAUUUGGCCAACUCGCAGGAUUUGGCGCCCAAUUAUGCGGGAACCCUGUACGGAAUAGUCAACUGUGUUGGCACCACUCCAGGAAUCUUUUCACCUCUGAUUGUGGCCGCCUUCACAAAGAAUGAGAACACAAUCGACCAAUGGCACUGGAUAUUCAUCAUUGGAGCCGCUGCCUAUAUAUUGCCCGCCCUGUUUUUCUGGGUCUUCGGAUCGGGAAAGAUCCAGAAGUGGAACGAAGUUCAAACCACCGAGUCGCGCGAGGAUAUUGUCAACACAAAGUUAUAGUUUGUGCCGUGGCAAUCACCUGUGAUGUUGUAUCUUUAGUAUUAUGCCAUAACUGCGAUGUGUACUUGUUUAUGGAGAGUCCUAUUAAAGCUUUAGCCGUGUAUUUAUUAUUAA